AUGAUCAAACUAAAAACGAGCAGAAAAAUAAAGUAAGAGACGUGUGAAAAGGGGAAGGUCAGACAUCAUUUCCUAGUGCGUUUCGACUAGCGUUGGUCCGAAGACGUGCUUGCUUUCUGCUCGAGGUGAAUGGACUACUCAGAUCAAAUUGAGACUUCUCAACAAGAUCUGGUUCACUAGAAGCCGUUUUCAUUGCUGUUUCUGAAUCCGUGCUCUAAAAAUGCCUAGGAAGAUAUAGUCUGUGUGCUACGACUUGGAAUUUCACCGAACGACAUUCCGCUGUUCCGCUGCGUCGCUAAGCGUCUUUGCGAGCCUUGGUCUCGCUUGGAUCGGUUCUCAUUUCUGAUUGUUCCACUAGGAACACGUGUUGGUCAAGUUCUUAAAUAAAAGCAAAAAUUAAAAGCGCGCAAAGGCACGCAGCGGAACAGCGGAAUAUCGUUCGAUGAAAUUCCAAGUCGUGGUACACAGACUAUACGAACAAAGUGGCUUGGCUCGAAAAUGUUGCCAAAAACUGAAAUGACCUCUUUUUCGUGGUAAACAAGACUAGUUCUACAGCCGAUCCACGCUUGGGAGGGGCGUGCGCUCUCCACAAAACAAACACUCUUUUCUUGUGUCAUGUCAGGGCCCUUUUAACCAGCUGUUUUUUUCGAGCCUUGCGCCAGACCUUCUGGGAAAGUGUAGAGCAUAUAUUCGGGACUUUCAUCAAGUUUUUGAUUCCAGAUUCAGAAUCCGAGUCGAAAACCGCGUCUAGUGGGCCUAGUCUCCCUCAAAAGUUCACUCAUUUAAGGUUCAUGUAAUUCUGAACUUCAGCAGAGUGCGGCCAGUGAAGAAAAAGUGAUGGAAGACUCGGUUUUGCAAGCUUCGAUGGUACUGUCGUUGCUCGAACAGUUGCUGCAGCCGUUCCUACUAAUAUUGGCGUUUUCUGCCUUCGGCGUUUCGGCCUGCGGCGGCGUCAGUUUUCCCCUCCACUUCUGAGAAACAAAGCUUUCAGAAAAAGAAGAAAAAAUCGUCGGAGGAUACGGAAGCCGACGAGGACGAAGAAGACAACAGCGAGGACGAGAAGAAAAAGAAGAAGGCCAAGCCGAAAAAGAAGAAGACGUCGGGAGGGGGCAAGAGCGAGGGUGGUGCCGAGAAGAACAAUGCUGGUCCAAAGGCUCCGGCCAAAGGCGGCAUGGCCGGUUAGAGCUCCUUCUAUGGAACUUGCUCACAGAGACACUUCUGAAUUAGUUCAGUAGAUGCAAUUUUUGACGCUGAUUCUAAACCUAUGCUCAGAAACUGUCAGGGAAGUCUGUGAAAAAAGUUAUGGUCGCUCAGAAGAUUAGUCCUAGUCGAGUCUCGCUCUAAAAACCUGCUCGUUCGAAAAAACUUUCUUUCAAUUUUGAGAGGCCAUAACUUGCUUCCCAGACUCCUUGGACAUUCCUAAGCAAGUCAUCGAGAAAAAAAAGAGUUUCUGGAACUAAAACUACAUCUGAGCUCUCCCAGUGAGCUAAGACCCUUCUCAGAAGCUCCCCAGAAACUCUAAGAAUUCAGGAACCCACGAUCCCAACUACCAGACGUUGGCCGGAAUCGGCAACGACUGUUUCGGUGGCAAAGGCGGAGAAGCCGGCGCAGCUGGUGGAGCAGCACCUCAGGCUCCAAAGCAGGGAGGCAUGGCCGGGACCCACGACCCUAAUUACCAGACCUUGGCCGGCCUUGGCAAUGACGUCUUUGCCGGAAAAGGCGGUGCUGCUGCUGGUGGCGCUGCUGCUGGUCCGGCGAAGCCUGCUGCUGGUGGAAUGGCUGGUUAGUUUCUUUUCUUUAAGAAAUCCAAUUUCCAAAUGUCGCAAAAGGACGUGGCCUGUCUGGGCACUCCACCAACCUAUUCGAAAACAAUUAUUAAAUCCUAACCAACUUUACAGGAACUCACGACCCGAACUACCAAACCUUGGCUGGCCUCGGCAACGACUGCUUUGGUGGAAAAGGCGGCGCUGCCGCCGGUGGAGCUGGAGGAGCUGCUCCAGUCGCCCCCAAUCAGAAAGGAAUCGCCGGUUCCUUCCAUUUCCCCAACUAAUAUUAUCAAUUCAAAUUUAGCCACCCACGAUCCCAACUACCAGACUUUGGCCGGCCUCGGCAACGACUGCUUCAAGAAGUGA